AUGUCCCACCUCCAGCAGUCGCUGCACUCCUCCAGCGUCGCCGAGACCCUCGCCACCUACGAGACGUGGGCCGCCACCUACGAUCGCGACGUCGCCUCGGAAGACUACACCGCGCCGGCGCUCGCCGCCGAGUACGUCGCCCGCGACCUCGGCAGCGCGCAGCGCCUCGCCUCCGCCAGGAUCCUCGACGCCGGGUGCGGCACGGGCCUCGUCGGGCAGCAACUAGCCCGGCGCGGCGCGCUGCGCGUCGACGGCGUGGACCUCAGUCCGGCCAUGCUGGCCGCGGCCCGGCGGACGGGCGCAUACGCGGAGUUGAAGACGGCGGACCUCAGUGGGCCGCUGGAGUUGCCGACGGGGUCGUACGAUGUGCUGACUUGCGUCGGGACGCUGACGCAGGGCCACGUUGGGCCGGGGGCGCUGGAUGAGAUGCUCCGUGUGGUCCGGAAGGGCGGCCUGCUGGUGGUGACGGUGCGGGAGUCGGUGUGGAGGGAGAACGGGUACGAAGAAAAGGUCAGGGAGAUUCUGGCGCGGGGCAGGGCGCGGUUGAUGACGGAUGACUUUGAAGUACGUCGGGUUGCGAAAGACGUCGACUUGGUAUACGUCGUUCUUCAAGUAUGA